AUGGCCUCGUCUUCCACCGCAGGCAAAGUGGACCAAGGUGGCUCGCAUGCUCAGCGCUGUAGUUACUGGCUUGAGGACAUCUCGCACCAAGGAACAGCCGCAUUCAACGAUUACCCAGCUAAUUUUCGAGUGUUUCGCAAUGUCAAGGAUUUCGGUGCCAAAGGCGAUGGAGUUACAGAUGACACUUCCGCUAUCAACUAUGCAAUAGGUUCCGAUAAUACUUGUGCACCGGGGUCAUGUUUCUCCAGCACGACCUCUCAAGCACUGGUGUACUUUCCCCCAGGUACCUACAUGAUCAACUCCACUAUUAUCCAGAAUUAUGGGGUUUCAUUGCAUGGCAACCCCAACUGUUUGCCUACAAUCAAGGCGUUUCCGAGCUUCGCAAAUGGUGAUGGCGCAAUGGGCAUGAUUGAUGGCAAUCCGUCGACUUACACCGUAGACGUCAAUAUCUUUUUCAGACAACUACGCAACUUCGUCAUCGAUACGACUCUGCUACCUAUCGAUGCUAAUAUGACUGGAAUUAGAUGGCCAUCUGCACAAGCCACGAGUAUUCAGAAUGUCAUCUUCAAUAUGCCUAUCGAUGAUACAGUACAACAUGUUGGCCUGGUUGGUGGAGGAGGGGAGGUGUUCUUCACUGACUUGGUUUUCAAUGGGGGUCAUGAUGGGUUCAUUAUCCCAGGGGGGCAGCAUACACUACGCAACGUUACGUUUAACCACUGCGUCAACGGGCUCAGUCUUGAUGCUAUCUCCACGAUCGUACUUCAAGAUGGCACUUUUAGCAACUGUUCCACAGCCGUCAAAACAACCGUCAGAAGUGGAAACGUUAUCUUGGUUGAUAGCCUGAUGAAGGAUGUUGGGGUUGGGGUUGCUUCACACUACGGCAGCCCCUCAGCACAUAGUAAUGGCUUGGUCUUCGACAAUCUUGAGUUUGACAACGUGAGCACCCUCGUGCACACCGCUGGUAACACCACUGCUCUUUCAGGAGGCUGCGGCACUAUCGUGGGGUGGGCUCAAGGAAGGUCAUUCCAAGAGACAACAUUCUCUACCGUACAGGGCCCGAUUCUCCCCAUGAAACGACCUCAAGGGCUGCUAAACCCGGGGUCUUUGAAAUGGUACUCUCAGGCUAAGCCCGGUUACGAUUCUUUAUCUGUAACAUCGUUCAUUAGCGCCCGAUCGGCGGGUGCGAGAGGAGACGGGAGAGCUGACGACACGUACGCUCUGCAAAGAGCCAUUUGGGCCGCCUGGGCUCAAUCAAAAGUCCUCUUUCUCGACCACGGAAGCUACAAAGUCACCAAGACGCUCUACAUCCCUGCCCAUACCAAGGUUGUUGGUGAGGCCUAUCCGAACAUUUUCGCUGCCGGGGACUACUUCAAGAGUUUACAUCACCCUCGACCUUUGCUCCAAGUUGGCCGACCUGGCGAGACUGGUCCGAUUGAACUGUCGGAUCUGGUUCUGGGCACGCAAGGCGGCACCCUGGGGGCUAUUCUUAUUGAACACAACCUUGCCUCUUCCUUCCCGGAAGUCGGUGGCUAUUGGGAUGUACACACCCGGAUAGGUGGAUGGACGGGCUCCGAAUUGCAAGCCGCCAACUGCCCCAAGAUGCCAGGCGUGCCGAAGCCCCCAGUGGACAUGAACUGUAUGGCUGCGUUCAUGUCCAUGCACGCCACCAAGAGCUCCAGCGGGAUAUACAUGGAGAAUUGCUGGCUGUGGGCCGCUGACCAUGACAUCGACGACUUCAAUGUCACGCAAAUUCAGAUCUAUACAGGGCGAGGAAUACUGGUUGAGAGCCGGCUGGGUAACAACUGGCUAAUUCAUACGCCCGUUGAACACCACUCGAAAUACCAAUACACCUUUAGGAACACCCGGAACGCGUACAUGUCUCAGGCGCAGACUGAGGUUCCUUAUUACCAGCCCAACCCUGAAGCUUCUCUUCCUUACCCGUAUCAAAAGCGGCUGGGUGACCCAGCUUUCGAUGGACCAGUUAACGGACCAAGCGGUGCUCCUCGUCGUAUGGCUUGGGCGCAUCGCUUUUUGGACUCGCAUAACAUCACUGUGUAUGGUGCUUCUUAUUUUGAGUACUUCAACGACUGGAAUCAGGACUGCAUGUCAAGUAACAUUACGUGCUCCGCCGAGAGCUUCCAAAUCGAUACCAAGAGCACUGGAAUCAUUAUAUAUAGCUUUAAUUCCAAUGCAGUGGAAUCCAUGAUCACUCGCGAUGGAAUCCCUUUACUGGCUGGUCCGGACCAGCCUAAUGGUCUCUCGGGGAUUUUUAAGGAUUUGGCUGUGUACAAGCAGUAA